CUCACAAGCAGCCAGCCUUUGCAACUUGGGGAUUUACUUGUGGAGGAGCUUUUUAGUGGAGAUCGCGGAAUAUUCUUUGUCUAAAUAUGCCUAUAAGACGAGGUCACGUUGCACCACAGAACACAUUCCUUGGAAUAAUAAUUCGGAAAUUCGAGGGUCAGAACCGGAAAUUUGUGAUAGCUAAUGCCAGAGUGGAGAACUGUGCAAUCAUCUACUGCAAUGAUGGCUUCUGUGAGAUGACAGGAUUCUCAAGACCAGACAUCAUGCAGAAGCCAUGCACAUGUGACUUCCUCCAUGGUGACCUCACCGACAAAGAGGCCAUCGACCAGGUGACACAGGCUGUGCUUGGGUCCGAGGAGCGCAAGGUGGAGAUCACCUACUACCGCAAGGAUGGGUCUGACUUUCAGUGUAACACUCACAUAAUCCCAGUGAAGAAUGAAGAGGGAGUGGUGAUGAUGUUUAUCUUAAAUUUUGAAUAUGUUGCGGAUGAGGGAAGUGACAACUCCACAGAGAAGAUAAGCCCCACAUCCCCUACAAAGUCAGACCAAAGGAGGAGUAGAUUCUUCCGUUUCCGCCAGGCUGCUUUGAGCCUAAUGAAUACCAACAAGCAAUCUCUCCCGCAAGAGGACCCAGAUGCUGUAAUGGUGGACUUACCCAAAGAGGAUGAGGACUCAGUGGCCCUGGAGAGUUUCCCCUCACCCACCAAGAGCAUUUGCAGUCCCAUUGAGGCCAAUGACACACAUGCCCUCAUAGGCUCAAGCCACCACUCCUCCCAGGCUAGCAUCGGUCCUGAACCACUUGACCAUUCAUCCCCUAAACUCCCCUGGGAGAAGCUGUACCAUUCAGAGCCUCACCAGUCCUCUACCUCCCUGUCAAAUACCUUCCCAAGAGGCAGCAUCAGCAGCAUGAGGAGGGCCUCAUCCGUUCAUGAAAUUGAGGGCUAUAGCUCCAAUUCAAAAAACAUAUUCAGGGAUCGGCAUACAACUGAAGGCCCUUUCAACCAUGUGAAGUCCAGCCUUCUUGGCUCUACCUCUGAUUCAAACAUCAACAAAUAUAGCACUAUCAACAAGAUUCCCCUGAUUGCACUCAACUUCUCAGAGGGGACAGAGAAGAAGACCCAUUCUCCACCAACAACUGAGAAACACAUCAUAGCACCAAAGGUCAAAGAGAGAACUCACAAUGUCACAGAAAAGGUCACACAGGUCCUGUCACUCGGAGCAGAUGUGCUGCCAGAGUACAAACUCCAAACACCUCGCAUUGACAAGUUCACAAUCCUUCACUACAGCCCUUUCAAAGCUGUGUGGGACUGGCUGAUCCUCCUGCUGGUCAUCUACACGGCAAUCCUCACUCCCUACUCUGCUGCUUUUCUUCUCAAUGACCAAGAGGAGCAGAAGAGACGUGAAUGUGGAUACUCCUGCAACCCUCUCAAUGUAGUGGAUUUAAUUGUGGACAUCAUGUUCAUCAUUGACAUCCUCAUAAACUUCAGGACAACUUAUGUAAACCAAAAUGAGGAAGUGGUCAGCCAUCCAGCCAAGAUAGCAAUCCAUUACUUUAAAGGAUGGUUCCUUAUAGACAUGGUGGCAGCAAUUCCAUUUGAUCUUCUAAUAUUUGGCUCAGGAUCAGAUGAGACUACCACUCUCAUUGGCCUGCUGAAGACAGCAAGGCUCCUGCGAUUGGUGCGUGUAGCCAGGAAGCUGGAUCGCUACUCUGAAUACGGAGCUGCAGUCCUUAUGUUGCUCAUGUGCAUCUUUGCCCUGAUCGCCCACUGGUUAGCCUGUAUAUGGUAUGCCAUUGGCAAUGUGGAGAAGCCUUACUUGGAACACAGGAUUGGCUGGCUUGACAAUCUGGGUGUGUCGAUUGGGAAGAGAUACAACUACAGUGAUCCUAACUCUGGUCCCUCUAUCAAGGACAAGUAUGUUACAGCACUUUACUUCACAUUCAGCAGCCUGACCAGUGUGGGCUUUGGAAAUGUUUCCCCCAACACCAACUCGGAGAAGGUCUUUUCGAUAUGUGUCAUGCUGAUUGGCUCCCUCAUGUAUGCCAGUAUUUUUGGAAACGUCUCUGCCAUCAUCCAGAGGUUGUACUCGGGUACAGCCCGCUACCAUGCUCAAAUGUUACGGGUCAAGGAAUUCAUCCGUUUUCAUCAAAUUCCCAACCCUCUGAGGCAAAGGCUGGAAGAGUACUUCCAGCACUCAUGGACCUACACUAAUGGCAUUGAUAUGAAUACGGAGGUGUUAAAAGGGUUUCCUGAGUGCCUACAGGCAGAUAUCUGCCUUCACCUCAACAGGAAUCUUCUAGACAACUGCAAAGCUUUUCAAGGAGCCACCAAAGGAUGCUUGAGGGCCUUGGCCAUGCGCUUCAACAGCGCUCAUGUACCUCCUGGAGACACUUUGGUCCACAGCGGUGAUGUGCUCACUACUCUCUAUUUUCUGUCCCGUGGUUCUAUUGAGAUCUUGAAAGAUGACAUUGUGGUAGCUAUCCUGGGUAAAAAUGACAUAUUCGGAGAAAUGAUCCAUCUUUAUGCCAAGCCUGGAAAGUCUAACGCUGAUGUGCGUGCUCUGAGUUACUGUGAUCUGAGCACCAUCCAGCGAGAAGAUCUGCUGGAGGUGCUGGACAUGUACCCGGAGUUUGCUGACCACUUCUUCAACAACCUCGAGCUUACUUUCAACCUGAGAGAUGACUCUACCAAGCCCUGCAGUGUCCAAGAAUGUGAUUCAGAUGGUGAGGGCAAUAAAAACGUGAAAAGAAGAAUCUCUUUCACACCAGAUCUAUCUAAAGGGGAAAACAAAGAAAUGGUUAAAGACGUUCAAAGGGAGAGAGAGUCUAACUCGUGCCUCAAGAGAUCUUCAGUAGUCUCUUCACUCACAGUUCCAGGCUUAGACUCAGAUGUUAUUGCCAGAGACAGCUUGGACAGAAAACCACCUUUUGAAGAUCUGUGCUGUGAUAAAUGGGCCUAGAAGCCUACAGACUACCUGGAUGAGUCAGCGCAGUUCCAGGACCUGAGAGAGGAUGAUAAUUCUGCCAGCGAACUCACAUAUGGAGAGGUGGAACAACGCUUAGGUCAGCUUCAAGACCACUUAACUAGGCUGGAGUCUCAGCUGAUAUCUGAUAUGCAGACCAUCCUGCAGCUGCUGCAGAGACAACCAACUCUGGGACCGCCUGCCUACAGCACAGUGACUGCCAGUCCAGACUAUCACAGACCUGCUGUGAAGGUUCAGCCGGCUGCUCUGAAUGCAAGCCAUUUUUUUAGCUCUACAGGAACUCAAGCCCCCAGCCAAAAACCGGGGAGCACCAUUCAGGAAUCCAAAGACUCUGUGUUGAGCUUGGCCAAUGUGAAUGCACCCACUGAGGACAGCCUUAAACAAUUUCUUGUGCAGAGACAUACAGAGCCACAACAACAACAACCACCAACCACAGGGCAUCAGCAGUCAGCAUUGAUCCUUCUUCCACCUGAAACCUCCUCCUCCUCGUCUUGCCUGUCACCUUCUGAUUCCAGCCUCAACACCACUGGACUACAUAGACCUGCCUCAGACCAAGAGUCUCCAAGGCAUAAAUCUUUCAGCAGCAUGGUACUCUGAUAUAGGGGCUGUAAUGCUGUAAUUACUAAGUAGCAGUUUCUUUUAUUAGCAUGCUGGCACAGUCAUCAGUGACUUUGUAAUAGAAAAAAGAUGUUCUUGCAUUGUGCAUGUGGGCAAAACACUGUUUUACAUAGUUGACAGGGAAUUAAGAAACCGUUUCUGCAACUGCCAGUGUAAUAUGUAACAAUAGUUGCAUAUUUUAACAGUAGUCCUGUCGAACAGGAUCGAAUCCAUGAUGAUCAUCAUUCAUUUUGCUUGUUAAAUUUAUAUUAAAUUCAUAUCAUGAAGAACCUAAUCAACCCAGUGGAGACCGCUCCUUUAUGAGGACAGCAUUUCCUCCAUCACCAAGUCUAUAACUUUUUAAUUAAAUUCUUCUUAUUCUGCCAGAAUGCUGGUCAAAGGACUCCACUAGCUUGUGAUAGAAAUGCACGGCAACACAUAACAAACUUUAUGUUUCACCAACAGUUAUCUAGGUAAUGGACUUUGUGUUUUUCGCUGCAGCAUUUUAUGUUCCCACACAGUUGGUCACACCAGCAUGGGCUACAUGGCUUGGGUAAAGUGUAAUGGACACUGUGGAUAUUGGCACUAGCUCCAGUGUAAGCAGGAAGAGCUGACUGAUUGCAGUAGACAGGUCCCAGUGACUAACACUCCAGACAUCAGAUAGAUGGAGUUCCUCCUGGUGGUAGCUGCAAAACCAGGGAAAGACUUUCUUCUCCACUACCACACUGUGGACACUAUAACUCACCAGGUUCUGCAGCACAAUGGCCAAAAACACCAGGAGGUGCAAUGCUUAACAGCAGCCACUUGCUCCUCAGUAAGGGGUCUGUGGGUGCUGAACAUUCCUGGCAAGUAUUCAUGGAGAUACCAAAAAUAGAGGAACUUGUUGGAAAGAUUCUCAAAAAACACAGACAAGGUGACGGUGGCAGCACUUACACUUACUGUAGGUAGUAUUAGAACAUCUUAUGAGCAAUAAGUGUGAGUAAGUGAAAACUGACAAAACUGGGUCAUCUCGUGGACAAGGUGACAGUUUUAAGCCAACACACUAUCAGUACUCCUGUGCUAAAUGCACAGAGAGCGGGGGCUGUAGAAAGCCAGGACCAACACACUGCCAAGAAAAUUAAAUGUCUUUACACAAGAAUUUGCCAACAACCCCAUCAAGCCUUUUUUUUCCCAUCCUUUCAUGCCUGUUGUCUGAAGAGGGAAAGGUUAUCUCUCCAGAUGCUGGGUGUCAGUCGAGAGCAGCUACUAUAUUACUCUGCCAAAGUUCAAUGCAGGCGACCAUUCUUGCUUGCUAUACUCCAGAGCAGCAGACAAGAACAAGUGAAGGCGACUAAAGAUUGUGAUUGCCGAAAGGAGCCAAACCAUUACUGUUACUAAGGCUGCCUGGCAGCUGCUGAGUACAGACAUGUUUGUUGAGGCAGGUAACCUGUCCAACCUGAGACUUGGGAAUAAAGAUGUGAGCCAGUCUUAGGUGCCUGCACUGUUUUGCCAGUGUUUUUGAUUGCCAUCAAAAAUGUGUGAGCACUUGAAGCAUGAUGAGGUGACUUUUUCACAAAAAAAAAAAAAAAUUCUUCCUCCAUUUGCCGAAUUCAUUGCCUAGUGCCGGAUGCUGAGGCACUGACAGGGCACUGGAGAUGAUCUUACAUAAUGCAGGCCACAUGGAUACCCUCAACAAACACUGAUGAGCCUGGUCAUUAAUGGUAGAGCUUGUCUAGAGUGUAAAGUCUGUGUGGGCACAUAAAAAAAAAGAAAUUUCAGGCUUUAGGAGCAAUGAGUCUUCAUAUAAAAGAUAUAUAAGCUAUUUUCUGUAGCUAUUAAUGUAAUACAGCAUUAUUACAAAUAAGAGUUUUCUUAUGUAUGUUGUAUGCCUGUCUUCUCUGAAGUGUGACUCAGGGGUUAUGGACAAUUGCACUGCAAUAUACUGUACAGUAUCCAAAAAAAAACUAUAGUUUUCUUCUAUAAAACAAUGUGCUUUAUUACUGCAGACACUGAUGUGCACCUACUGUACAAUGUUAAGCCAACAGAGUGCACCAUACAUACUUGUCUGGUCAAAUACAACAUGCAGAUUUGAGGAUUUUCUUUUUCCUUUUGGACAAGUAAGUUUAAUAUAGGCAUUUCUACAUUUAGAAUCAGAAUCCAAAAAUUUUGUGUCUUAUAAAAUACUUUUGCAUUUUUCUCUUGAAAUACAAUUAUACUAAUUUAUUAAAAGGAACUCUGACUAUGAAGACAUGUAUAGCCUAAUAUUAUUAACAUUAACAUCAGUAUUUUAAAUGUGUUAUUAAAAAACUCAAUGUCUUCACUUUUAUGAAUUAAAAAAAUGGCAAAUGGUUGGAAUAGUUUUGGUCCUAAUAUUUAGAUACAGCAGCAAUAUAAACAUGUGUUUUGUUUAACCUUUUAAUUUGAGCUUGAGUGUAGCUAAGGAGGAAAUAUACAGCCCUCCUUUCCUUUUUAUCUAAGUCAGUUUAAUGUUCACACACAUAAACACGGCCGGUAAAUACCAGCUUGUGCACAUCUGCCAGCCACCGGCAUCCGAUGGGUCUGAUGAGCUGCAUCAGUCUUUGCUGGAGAGCAAACACUUACAGACUCUGAGCCGUAACUGUGUGCUUUAGCAGGUGAUGCCCACAAGCUGAAAUAGUCUGGGUUCCUUUUAAGUAAACAUUAUGUUGUAUGUGAAAAAUGUGACAGUGGCCACUUUCAUGAGUAGAUUGUGGUUUGGGAUAUACAGGUUUUGGAAGACUUGUAUAUAAAAUAGUACAUUUAUUAUUGCAGCCUAUGGAGAAUUCUUAUUGGUUUUGUCUUUUUUUUUUUUUCCAUGUGGGUCUGCAAAGCAGUGCGCUUUUUUUUGAGUCUCUCUAUAUAUUUACUGUUUUGCACUGCCUGCCAGCCCAAAGUAGCACAUUACAGUAUAAAAUGAUGUCAGCAUACUUUACUCGGAGGAGGUG